UCAAUUCUGGUUCGACCACGGAGGGAGUAAUGAAUGAAAAAAAUGGAAUCAUUAUGGAACCGAACGUUACAGGCAGGCAGUCCAAUUCGCCCGCACGCGAAGAUUUCAAAUUCCCGCUAAUCUUUCCCACAAAAUUCAAACUUCAAAACCCCAAAUCCCCCGUUUCCAAAUGUUAAAUCCCCCUCUUUCAAAAAAAUUCCCCGCGCCAUUAAAUAAACCCUCUUUGUUUUUAACGGUAUUUCCAUCUCUCGCACACCCGUGUUCCUCAAUUCUCCCAGUCCUCACUUCUCACCGGAAUUAAAACUUCACAAACGACAUGCAGUUUCCGUUCGCCGAAGCCCCUGAAACCUCCUCUUCUCGACACCACGCUUACAGCCGGAAACAAAAAUCUCUAGGUCUUUUAUGCACAAAUUUUGUCAGCUUGUAUGAUAGAGACGGCAUUGAAGUGAUUGGUCUUGACGAUGCCGCCUCUAAAUUAGGUGUUGAGCGGCGGCGGAUCUAUGAUAUAGUCAACGUUUUAGAGAGUGUUGGGGUUCUUGUAAGAAAAGCGAAAAAUAAGUAUACAUGGAAAGGAUUUGGAGCUAUUCCUAAAGUAUUACAGCAAAUGAAGGAGGAGGGUUUGAAGGAGAAUUUUAGUAGUUUUGAUAAGAAGCAGCACAGCAAUAAUUGUGAGAAACUAUCGGAUGAUGAGAAUGAUGAUGAUGAUGACUGUGAUUCUAACCCUAAUAUUGGAAGCCAAAAUGAAAAUUCAAUUCCUAGUGGUGUUCCUAAAUCAACUGCUGCAUCAAGAAUCGAUACUAGAAAAGAAAAAUCGUUGGGGCUGCUGACACAGAAUUUUGUCAAGCUCUUUGUGUGCUCUAAAGUCGAUCUAAUCUCCCUUGAUGAAGCUGCCAAGUUUUUGCUUGGAGAUGGUCACAAUUCACCUAUUAUGAGAACAAAAGUUAGAAGGUUGUAUGACAUUGCAAAUGUCCUGUCGUCCUUGAAACUUAUCGAAAAGACUCAUACAAUAGAGGGCAGGAAACCUGCGUUCAGGUGGUUGGGUUUUGGAGAAGAAUCCAGAAGCGGUUUUGGUGAUAUUUCUGUCGAGUCUAGGAAGAGAACAUUCGGAGCUGAUGUUACAAACAUUUGUUUUAAAAGAAGUAAAGUUGAUUUUUCAGCCGAGGACGAGAAAAUGGGGAAGUCAAAAAUGCAUAACCAAUUAAAAGUUGCAGAUUCAGUAACUAUGGCUGACAGAAGCAGUGUAGGUGAAGAUUCACAGCAGGGUUCAAAGAGUUACCAGUUUGGCCCUUUUGCUCCUGUUACUGUGGCCAAACAUGGUGACACUGAGAACAAACCGACUCAAACGCAUGACUGGGAAAGUCUUGCGGCCACUUACCGUCCUCAGUAUCACAAUCAAGCUUUGAGAGAGCUUUUUGCUCAUUACAUGGAAGCAUGGCAAUCAUGGUACACAGAAGUUGCUGGGAAGAAACCAGUAGAACAAAUCUCCUAACGCUUCACUUCAGUUUCUUGGUGACUUGCAAAGUGUUGAGACUCCACAUUAAUACUUAAUCUUUUAUUUUUCUUAUAGUUUUAGAGGCAAAGAGAUGCGGCUUUUAUGUAGUAUGCCCAUCCUCCAUUUGAGAGUUGUACACAUUUUCUCAAUGUGUAGGAUUUGAUUGCAUGCUUCACUGCUGCAUUUUAAUGAGUUGUAUUCUUACCAAUAGAAGUAUUAAAUAAAAGUUUGAAUCUUUUUCAA